UUUCUAAAAUAGUUGUGAGCCUAUAUGAACAGUUGCUACUUGCUACUAAAUGGUCUUGAAUCCGUCGAGGAAGGAAGAGCGAGAAGGGGAAAUUAAAAACCUCCAGUGCUGAAACGUUUGUUUCUCUCUGUGUUCCAGAAAUGGAGAGUUUUAAGUCUCACAAGGCGGAGAUGAUAAGCAUCGCCGUCGCACUCUUGGCCAUCGGUGCGGGAACCGCCUACUAUUUCUAUAUCACCACCAAGAAACCUAAAGGUUGCUUGGACCCUGAAAACUUCAAGGAAUUCAAACUUGUUAAGCGCACCCAACUCAGUCAUAAUGUAGCUAAGUUUAAAUUUGCUCUUCCCACACCAACUUCGGUAUUGGGACUACCAAUUGGACAACAUAUGAGUUGCAGAGGAAAAGACAGUCUUGGUGAAGAAGUUAUCAAGCCAUAUACUCCCACAACUUUGGACUCUGAUCUUGGUUACUUUGAACUAGUUAUAAAGAUGUAUCCACAAGGAAGGAUGUCCCACCAUUUUCGAGAGAUGUGUGAAGGUGAUUACUUGGCUGUGAAGGGACCCAAGGGGCGCUUCAAGUAUCAACCUAACCAAGUUAGAGCUUUUGGGAUGCUUGCUGGGGGUACUGGAAUAACUCCAAUGUUCCAAGUUACUAGGGCCAUAGUGGAAAAUCCCAAUGACAAGACCAAUGUACAUCUUAUUUAUGCCAAUGUCACAUACGAGGACAUUCUUUUAAAGGAAGAGCUGGAUGACCUUGCAAACAAUUUUCCUAACCGCUUCAGAGUCUACUAUGUUCUGAAUCAGCCUCCUCAAGGAUGGGAUGGUGGCAUGGGGUUUGUAUCCAAGGAAAUGAUUCAAACCCACUGCCCACCACCAGCAGCAGAUGUUCAGAUACUAAGGUGUGGUCCUCCACCAAUGAACAAGGCCAUGGCUGCUCACCUAGAGGCUCUUGGAUACACUUCCCAAAUGCAGUUCCAGUUUUAGGCAUGUUGUGGAGCAUUGUCAUUCUCUAACCAUUGUGGUGUUAGUUUCAGACAAUAAGGACACAACAAAAUUCAGGUUCUUCUUAUAGGUUGAAGAGGUCUUCCUAAUUUUCAAUUCAUCAUAGUUGUGAUUGAUAAGAAAUGAAUGUUUACCAUUGAAAUUGCAGGUGACAGGCACCCUUCCUUCUUUAUUGUUAUUUAAGACAUUGUUGCCCCCUUUGCUUUCUUA